AUCGGCACUAUAAAAGCUACGGCUACUUUACACACGUAGCAGCCAAAGCCAUAGUACAGCUACUCAGCUAGUCUAGUACAACCUGGUGGCCAUAGCAUGGGAGAAACAAUCACGGCAACAGCUGUGAAGGGUGGAUAUCAAGAGAAGGAGAAUGGCACCGAGAAGAAGCUGGCCAAAGUUGGCAAGGUGCCGUUACAUGACCUGUUCAAGAACGCAGACGCCAUGGACGUGGUGCUGAUGCUUGUCGGCACCGUCGGAGCGAUCGCUGCCGGCAUGUCGCAGGUGGUCAUGACAAUCGUCUUUGGCCGGAUGGUCGACGCCUUUGGGGGCGCCACCCCCAGCACUGUCCUUCCCAGAGUCAACAGGGUGGUCCUAGAGUUCGUCUACUUAGGGAUUGGGACAUUGCCCGCUUGUUUCCUCCAGAUAUCAUGUUGGACGGUGACUGGGGAGAGGCAGGCAAAUCGCAUCCGAUCAUUGUAUCUCGAGUCGGUCCUGACACAAGACAUGGAAUUCUUUGACACGGAAACAAAAGGUGGACAAGUAGUCUCUGGGAUAUGUGCUGACACAAUAGUUAUUCAGGAGGCUAUGGGAGAGAAGGUCGGGAAGUUUCUACAUCUUUUUACAACUUUCCUUGGUGGGUUUGUGGUGGCGUUCAUUAAAGGGUGGCUCCUAACUCUUGUAAUGCUUUCUACUAUACCACCAAUAAUCUUUGCUGCUGGAAUCGUAUCGAAGAUGAUGUCCAAAGUAUCUAGCGAGGGCCUAGAAUCAUAUAGCGAUGCAGGGGAUAUUGUUGAACAGACAAUUGGAUCCAUAAAAACGGUGGCUUCAUUCAAUGGUGAAAAGAAAGCCAUGACCUUAUACAACAAUUACAUAAAGAAGGCAUACAAGGGUACGGUCAAGGAAGGGACUAUCCAAGGUUUUGGCAUGGGUUUCCUUACCUUCGCCACUUUCUCAGGCAUUGGAUUAAUUCUAUGGUAUGGAAGUAAGUUAACCCUCAGCGGAGGAUAUAGUGGAGCAGAUAUCAUGAGUAUAUUGUUCUGCGUCAUGAUAGCAGCAAGAUCAUUGGGUGAUGCAACCCCCUGCAUUGCUGCCUUUGAGGAAGGGAGAGUUGCGGCGUACAGGUUGUUUACAACAAUCAAUAGGAAACCAAAGAUCGACUAUGAUGAUACUACCAGUGUUGUGUUAGAAGACAUCAAGGGUGAUAUAGAGCUGAGGGAUGUGUUUUUCAGCUAUCCAAGCAGGCCAGAGCAACUAAUAUUCGCUGGAUUUUCAAUGCAUGUUUCAACUGGCACAACAAUGGCCAUAGUUGGUGAGAGUGGGAGUGGCAAAUCAACUGUGAUCAAUCUGGUUGAGAGAUUUUAUGAUCCACGGGCUGGCGAAGUGUUGAUUGAUGGAAUGAACAUCAAGAGUUUUAAACUAGACUGGAUUAGAGGGAAGAUUGGCCUUGUUAACCAGGAACCAAUGCUAUUCAUGACAUCUAUCAAGGAGAACAUAACCUACGGAAAAGAGGAUGCAACACUUGAAGAAAUCAAGAGAGCAGCUGAGCUUGCCAACGCGGCAAGAUUCAUUGAGAAUUUGCCUAAUGGUUAUGACACAGCAGUUGGAGAACAUGGUGCUCAGCUUUCGGGGGGGCAGAAGCAAAGGAUCGCAGUCGCAAGAGCAAUCCUAAAAGAUCCGAAAAUCCUUUUGCUCGAUGAAGCAACUAGUGCUUUGGAUUCAGAGUCUGAGAGAGUACUCCAAGAAGCGCUAAACAAGAUCAUGGUUGGGAGGACCACGGUUAUCGUGGCGCACCGUUUGAGCACAGUUAGGAAUGCUCACUGCAUCUCAGUUGUUUCUGAAGGAAAACUAAUCGAACAAGGACAUCAUGAUAAAUUGGUAAAGGAUCCUAGUGGGGCAUACUCUCAGCUUAUUCGGCUACAAGAGGCACACCAAGACACUGGCGACCACUUAGAUGCUGGAUUACCAGGUUCAUUAUCUAAAAGAAGUCAAUCACUCAAACGAUCAACUAGCAGAAGUGCAGCUGGGACCAGUCAUCAUUCUUUAAGCCCUCCAGACAGCUUGCAUGGGCCUACUGGAUUACAAGAUUAUGAUGGUGCUGAUAGCGAUAACACUAAUGGCAAGGUCUCCAAGAAGGGCCCGAUGGGCCGCCUAAUUAGCCUAAACAAACCAGAAAUGGCAUUUCUUAUAUUUGGUUCUCUUGCGGCUGCAAUUGACGGAACUGUCUACCCAAUGAUUGGUUAUGUAAUGGCUACCAGUGCUAAAACAUUUUAUGAAUUACCAGCAGACAAGCGACAGAAAGAUUCUACCUUUUGGGGAUUGCUCUGUGUUGGGUUGGGUGCGAUGAGUAUGAUAUCAAAGCUAGCAAAUAGCUUUCUAUUUGCAAUAGCUGGUGGGAAACUUAUAGAAAGAAUACGUGUUUUGACAUUUCAAAACAUAGUGUACCAAGAGGCUGCUUGGUUUGAUCAUCCUGCAAAUAAUAGUGGAGCACUAGGUGGAAGGCUAUGUGUUGAUGCCCUUAAUGUGAGGCGUCUUGUUGGGGGUAACUUGGCCUUGAUGGUCCAAUGUACUUCAACGCUUCUUUGUGGAAUAGUAAUAGCAAUGAGCGCAGACUGGAAGCUUUCACUGGUCAUCUUAAUUGUGAUUCCUCUAAUAGGUCUCGAGGGUUAUGCUCAAGUAAAGUUCUUACAAGGGUUUAGUCAAGAUACUAAGACCAUGUAUGAAGAAGCAAGUCAGGUUGCAACUGAAGCAGUUAGUAACAUCAGAACAGUAUCGUCUUUUUGUGCUGAGAAGAGAGUGAUGACAAAAUACAUUAAAAAGUGUCGAGCUUCUAAGAAUCAGGGAAUUCGAACUGGAAUAGUUGGAGGCCUUGGUUUUGGCUUCUCAUAUAUGGUGCUGUAUUCCACCUGUGCUCUUUGUUACUAUGUUGGUGCCAAGUUUGUUAGUCAGGGCAAUUCCAAUUUUGGCAACGUCUACAAGGCUUUCUUUGCUUUAGCUGUGGCCAUGAUUGGAGCAACACAAACUAGUACUAUGGCUUCCUGUUCAACCAAGGCAAAUGAUUCUGCAACUUCCAUAUUCACAAUCUUAGAUAGAAAAUCACAAAUUGACUCCAGCAGCAUUGAAGGUUCAACUAUGGAUCUUGUUAAGGGUGACAUUGAUUUUAUGCAUAUCAGCUUCAAAUACCCAUCCCGUCCGGAUGUUCAAAUAUUCAGUGACUUUACCUUGAGCAUUCCUUCUGGAAAGACUGUUGCACUGGUUGGUGAAAGUGGCAGCGGCAAAUCUACAGCAAUUGCUUUACUAGAGCGUUUCUAUGAUCUUGAAUCUGGUGUAAUCUUAUUCGAUGGAGUGGACAUCAAAACCUUAAAGCUCAGUUGGUUGAGGGACCAGAUGGGAUUGGUAAGCCAAGAACCACUACUUUUCAAUGACACAAUACAUGCCAACAUAGCAUAUGGAAAGCAUGGAGAGAUAACUGAGGAUGAGAUUGUCGUGGCUGCUAAAGCGGCCAAUGCCCAUGAAUUCAUAUCAAGCAUGCCACAGGGUUACAACACGAAUGUUGGAGACAGAGGAACCCAACUAUCAGGCGGGCAAAAACAGCGUAUAGCUAUCGCCAGAGCUAUUCUCAAGGACCCGAGGGUACUUCUUCUGGAUGAGGCAACUAGUGCGUUAGAUGCCGAGUCAGAGUGCAUUGUUCAAGAUGCAUUGGAUCGCAUGAUGGUUGGCAGGACAACUGUCAUCGUGGCACACCGCCUCUCGACGAUCCAAGGAGCUGAUAUAAUUGCAGUCCUGAAGGACGGCACAAUUGUGGAGAAAGGGAGGCAUGAAACACUGAUGGGCAUCGCUGGUGGAGCCUAUGCUUCACUUGUAGAACUUCGCCCCAGCGCAACAUAAUACAAAGAUUUGGGCAACGCAAUCAAGUUGGACUCAUCAAUUUGAGAUACUAUAGUUUACAGUUGCCUUGGGCAAUCUAGAUAUAUUACUAUGAAACUGCAGGCGCCUUAAUGAAUGUAUAAAAAAGGUUCCAUGGGUGUGAUAUCUUGCAGCUAAAAGAUGGAACAUGACAUUUCCAAUGCCUAGCAUUUUGUGUACAGUGUAGCAUAAAAUGUACUACGGAGUAUAUAAUUUUAAGCUGUAUGGACAACCUAGGGUGGUGGUAGGUACCUUGGGAGGUUACCAGUUACCAUCUCUUGUGAUCCUCGUCGACGUUGAGCCAAAGAAGGCAACAAGUGUGUCCAUCACGAGCUGCAAGUAAA